AUGGACUCUGCAAAUACUCCUCCGGACUCACUGGGUUCUGUGAAGCACGCGACUAAGCGAAAGACAAGGGAGGAGGAUUCGGACGGUAUCGAUGAAGGAAAGAAAAAAGAGAAAUUGGCCCGCUUCAACCACGGGGCUGGAACCUUUACCUUCGACAUCGAUAAGAAGCCUGUAGACAGUGACAACAAGCCUGAAGACAGUGACCUGGACGCAGACGGCGAGACUGACGACGACGAAGCCUCCUUGCCAGACGUCAUAGUGCCGGAAGCAGACGAUCAGGGCGCGACUGGCUCUCAAUUGGCUCCGAGUCUGCGCGCUAAGAACCCUCUUCCGCGUGCGAGAGUCGUCAACAAGGGCGGGCAACAACAAGCAGGAGGACGUGUCGUCGACUUAGCUUUAGCUACGGUCAGUUUUGGUAGUCAUGAGCCUGCUGUUAAUAACCACGUCAAUUCGCAAGUUGAAUUGACGAGCCCCGUACGAAUAGAGCGUCCGUUGACCAGCGCGGCCGAAGUUUCGAAGGAUAUCAUACCUACGGCUCCCUUGCACGUAUCGAAAACUACGGGGGAAAUUCAGACGGCCAAUAUGGGAGAUCGUUUGGUGGGCGGCGACAUUGUAUCCGACGUUGGGCUGAUCACCGUGUCUGAUAAUGCUCCCGAUGCCGAGGUCUCUCUUCACGGUGACUCCAGACAACCGUUACUUGAAGAUCCUCACAAGACUACCACGCAAGUGGUAAAUUCCACAGACAUCGUGGAGGUGGCAGCCACUCAGGGCACAGGUAACGGCGACUGUCAGUUCGGCAUUUCCGAAGAUGAUGCGGAGGAAGCACUGGAUGCAUCGGGACCACGUCCUCCCAAAGGUUGCCAGCGACCAUCCAGCGUGCCCGCGUCGGCGGUGGCCACCCCAGCUGCAAACCUAGUCUCUACUGCUCUAUCGACGGAAUCAUCGUCGCAGCACCAGCCUGUCGCCCACAGUACUCUACCCGAAGCCCUGGCCGGCCAGGCGCCGCCUCAUCAGACACUAGUUUAUGCCGCCCUUCCAAUUCCUACGCAAUCAACCAGUCAGCAGUCUCAAACUUCCCGCCCCGGAUACCCUGAUGCUUCGGAGCGCAGUAUUCCUCAGCAACAGGGCAAUCCCUCUCAGCCAUUUUUCUCUCGUUCGUCUCCGCAGCAAUAUGAAUUUAGUUUCAAGGCCCAGCAGCAAGCCCCUCAAUUUCCUGCGUCCAUGCAUUCAACUUCCGCGCGGCAUGCCGCAUAUGCUCCCCAUUCUCCAGAAUGUCUUUCCGAAGCCUUACACUCCAACGCGCUCCCUCAUCAACAGUUUCUUAAUUUUCCCGAACCUUCGGCUUCGGCUCAACAUCCUCCCUUAUCUUCCUCUGGGCAAGCCACAUACCCUACUGCGAAUUUCGUUCCUUUGUAUAACCCUCAGGAUAAUGCUCAUUCACGGAAUGCACGUCAGCAACAUGUUUUCACAGCGUCCAAUCCAUUGCCUACUCACAAUCCGAAUAUCACCCGUCCUGUCCAGGGUCAUCCGCCUCAGCAGCAGGGACAGUCAUUCUCGCGAACUGUUGAUCCAUCGGCCACCGGCGAUGUUGUGCAUCCCCAUCAAUAUUCUCAUCCACACUCAUCGAACAACAGACGUCAUCCGCCUCAAAUGCAUGGCCCAUACGACUCAUCACAUAUCAAUAAUCACGUCAACCACACCGGUGCUGGUUGUGACUCGAAAUCCCUAUACCGUCAACCUCCCGGUGGCCACACCGAACACGUGGCUUGGAAUGCCUACUCUCAAGGUCCUCCUCCAGUAGUAAUGAACGCGCACCCUCAGUCUCCCGGCGACAACGCCGGCCGCGGUGCAAUGGCCAUGGCCGCGCGCGCACAGCCUGUUAACGACCACGCCAGUCGCCGUGCCAUAGCCAUGACCGCGCACACGCAGCCUCUCGGAGACCACGCCGGUCGCCGUGCCAUGGCCAUGACCGCGCACGCGCAACCUCUCAACAACCACGCUGGCCGCGAUGCCGUGGCCAUGGCCGCUCACGCGCAGCCUCUCAACGACCACGCCGGUCGCCGUGCCAUGGCCAUGAACGUAUACGUCGAGCCUCCCAGCGACCAUGUCGGCCGUGACGCUAUGGUCGUGGAUCCAUACUCUCAGGGUUAUACAGGCUAUCCCGGGCAAGGCGCCGUGAACACGAAUGCAUACCUUCGGGCUCCCACAGGCUCCAUGGGUCGAAGCGCUGGGUCCCCAAACACGCCUACCCAACCUCCCAGUGGACAUAACAACCGCGGUGUUAGGUCUAUCAACCCCUACCUUCAACCUCCCGUGGCCGCUGGUCGUCUUGAUCAAGGAGCCAUGGUCAUCGACACUCCGACUCGGCAGCAGAUUCCAACGCCACAAUCUCAUGCUAACCCAAGCUUCCGAGCCUUGUCCCCGCCAACGCGCCCUGUUUCACCUCCCGCUCUUUUGCCUCUGACAAAGCGCAAUCGCCUUCAUACCCAACAGGCAGGAAACCGCCCGGAUCCCUCGCAUCAGACAGGUUCCGCAUGCGCAGUCCCCGGACGUGGUGGUGAUGCUACUGUAGCAGAUGUGCAUCAGGCGGCCGAAGAUCUGGCACCUCGCCUGAGUUUUAUGGUCAUCGGGGCUGUCAAUACCCUCAACGCUCGCGUAGAUGCUUUAGAGGCCCGGGUCGUGGAGCGGCUUAACGACGUGGGCAAGGCGACAGACGAGCUUCGCAAGCAGAAUGCGAAGUCAACUCCCCAGGCUCGAUCUCCGGACGCCGAGCAUACCUCGCCCGUCAAGAAGCCUUAUAUCAAAGCUACGGGCUACGAUAUUACUCAAAAUAACUCUGAAAACCCUGACCACCCCGCCGUGUUCAAGACAAAGGCUAGCUGGCCGCACUUGAGGACUGCAGUCCGCGAGCUUUUCAAGAAACUCUUGGGAAUCCGCAGUUACAAGCCUGAAUACUUCCGUCGAUUGCCGCCGCCGCUCACUCCUACGGAGAUCGAAGAGUAUGAAAAGAACGACGUUAUGAUCCCUUGUACGGUCGACGAUUUUCGCAUCGAUCUGUCGAAGCCCUGGGCGUCUUUCUUUUUGAAUGAAACUGCUCGUCAAGUGUUCCUCGACUACUUCAUGAAGUGCUGGGAGGACAAACUCAUUCAAAGCGUGAACAUCGCCCCGGGCUAUGUGACUGUUGCAAAGGUUGCAUGGGCGCUCGACAAGCAUCUAGAUCAUGUCAAGGAGAAGUACUCGGAGUUUCGGAGGGACGUUCCGCUGGGGGUUCUGAUGGAGGACUCCAAAAAGAAAGCACAGGGCACCCGUAAGGAUCAUCUACUGCGUCGCCGCCUGGAGGUCUGCAGAUCGCGCCCAAGACUUUUCGCGCGCCACGAAGAGAAGGUCUUCAAGUACAUGAUGCAGCGAAGCAUCGUGAGCGGGGACGAGACCGAUCCCGAUGUCCCCUGCCCCCCUACCGAAAGGCAUCCAAACCCUGCUAGGGUCUUCAGGAUCAUCAGACCAGAGUGGCGCAGCGAUGACCUCUCAGCGUUCAUGCACAUGUUGGACGACCUCUAUAUUGACGACUACAAGAAUCCUAUCGGCCGACGCAGAGUGCCAGGCAAUCCGCCCCGCACCCGCGUCAAGAGUUCACGAUCGGAGGUUGGCGUCGUCCCCAAAGGUCUGUACCGCAAUUUUUACAACCCCAAUUUCCUUACUUCUCUCAACCGCGCUCAGCGGGAGAAGCUGAACAUUAUCGAUGAGGAUUUCGAUUUGUCUACGCCCUAG